AUGAGCGAUGGUUCUAUCAUUAGAAAGAGAGUAAACCGCAUGAGAUUGCAACUCUUUAAAUGCAUUGACUUAAACAUCCCUAUCAUUGCAUCACACUCUAGAAGGGGCAAGAAUUAUUUGAGCCACUCUCAGUCACGGGCUUUUGGCCUCCAAUCAAAUAAGGCAGCCAAUCAUUAUCCAUUGAUUUGGGGUCGAGGAAGGGUCUCAAAAAUUUUUGAGAGGUACCGCAGAGUGAACUGA